ACGAUAUCGCGAGCGAGCAACUAAGCGAGCGUUGCACAGUGGUGAACUGGAGAAGGUAGACGCGUUUUUAGGGGAGGAACGUGAGAAAGGAUACGCAGUUAUUAUGAAGGGAGGGCAUUUUCGAACGUGUAUUUUCGUCGAUAUGAACGAAGCGUUGCAUCGUGCAUUUAACACCGAACAAAGGGAAUGAACACGUUUGGAGCAUCCGCUUACCUGAAGGCCGAACGCGACGCCGUUAAAGAAACUUUGGUCACUCUUAAGGAGCGACUAAAAAAAUUGAAAAUCGAGGAGCUAUCGAUCCGUUCAGAGAUCCGUAUCAGCAUGGGCGCAGCGACAACAGGCGCUCGGGGAGACCAAAAACCGGUCGGUGAACAAAGUGUGACUCGUAGUGAUCUCGUCUUCGAGAGCGGCGAGGAUAGUACGCCAAGAGGAACUCGGGUGUGGGUGCAAGACUUUGAUUCGCAGCGCCAUCAGCACGAACAAAAUGAAUUGUCAGUCAAUCAGGCUCCGCUCGAACUCGACAUCAACGAGGCGCUCAAGAUAAUCAGCCGCUAUAAAGCGGGCAGUGGCGAUGCCGGAGCGUACGAAGGCCACGAUCCGUUCUUCGAUCGCGGUAGCGACGACGUGGCUGAUGAAGUUGAAGUGGUUGAAGAGGAAGAGGAGGAAGAGGAGGAGGAGGAGGAGGAGGAGGUUGAAGGGGAUGGAGCAGAAGAUAAUGGCAAUGCAGGCAACGAGGAGCGCGAGAUGUACAUCGACAAUGAGGACGAUCGAGACCAAAAAGCGGAAGGUGAGAUUCAGCGUCAUUUUUUCGAGGAUUUUUCCCUUGAACGCGAAGACAUCGACGAAGAUGGCGAACGCUUCGCUGAUCGGCCGGGUACCAGCUCACAGAUGUGUCCUGUCGAGGCCGAGGGCAGAAAACCAGCGAAAAUUAUCAAAUUGGACGAUAAUUUUACAUAAUAAUUUUGUAUUCAAAGUAAUUAUUUCGGAUGCGCAAACGCCUCUGCAGCUGUUGCGAGUCAUGGUAUAUCUAUUGACUAAGCAGUAGAGUUCUAGACAAGAUACCCUGUUGACACGAUGUCGUGAUGUUAAGUCACCUAGUGUAUGUAUGUAUGUAUGUAUGGAUACCAUUCCUGACAAUCGUAAUAACAGUAUCAACGAUUGGAUUCGACGGAAUACAUAAAUGCUAAUGCUGUUAGGCCGUAAAAUAAUGUGUAUAAAUAGCGUACAGCCCAUUUUUAGGCAAUAAACUCUUUUCAUAUUUCGGUGUCUUCUCGACAUUUUUCUCUUAGCUUAGUUUCUCUAUGGAAGUUGGCGUAGCUGGUCAUAAUAUCAGGGUCGUUCAUUACGAUACGGUACGCUGCGUCUUUCCCGCUGAGUCUAUCUAGCUAGUUCUGUAGCUUUUUGAUGCUCUAUUAUUUUUUUUUUUAACAUAAUUUGCCGUUAUGGGCCUGCAAACGUUUUAAGGAACGUGCCAAAACAGGAAGUCACGUCAAAUGAGAAAUACCACAAUACUUCACCACUUGAAUGUAAUUCACGAAAUGAACCAUGGCAUAAUUCUAAAAUGUAUAUAAUAUAGAAUUAAAUCGUAGGAAAAAUUGCUGCCGUAGGCUCGCGUGCUAUUGUACGUUAAAUCUCUAAUUGAAAUAUUUGGCCAAAAGUUUGUACUUCUUAUCAAAUUAGGUCAAAUUGAAUCGAGCACUUUUCUGGCCUGCUUCGGUGAAUAUGACCCUUCGAAACAAGUAGGGAUCUCUGGAAGUCUGUGGUAGAACUGUAAAUUUUCAAUAAAAAUAGAUGUGUAGAAUAACGAUUUAUUAGCAAAACAUUCAAAGAAUCAACUACAAUAGUGAGAAGGGCACGUUUCUCGAAACGAAUACUAAAGGCCGCAUGGUCACUCUAAAUAUUCUACGCUGGUCAUGAUAUAAAACGACCUCUUCGAUAUUCUUUGGCCUACGUGUCCUAUUCUAUUUCAAUGUUCCUUUUAUUAAUUCAAUAAGGUCUUUAACACGAACAGCCUGCUUUUGAAGAUUCUUACUAUUUCCGAAAAUACCCGCUUGCCAAAGAGACACCCACUUUUUUUUUACUAUAUCUAUUAUAAACA